AUGAUUAUUAGUCGUGAGGCGACCGUCAAGAUGAAAGCAGUGGCCAAGUUCAGUCUCAGUUUCCUAGUGCUGCUCAGUGUGAUAUUCGGACUAUCCACUGCCCAAACGCAGCUACGGCGGCAGUAUGAGCUAAAUCGACGAACGCCGGGUACGGCGGUCCGCAAUCGAGAGCCCGUGGCAUCCGAUGCACCGGCGCGUAGCCCGGUGCGACAACAGGGCCCGGUACAGGCGUCUGCAUCGGACGAGAUUGACCCGGAGCUGUCGGAGAACUGUCCCGAACCGAACGGUUACUUUGCGGAUGCGGAACAGUGCGACAAGUACUACCAGUGCCGUGAUGGCCAAAUUACGGAGAAGCUAUGCCCGGACGGUAUGGUGUUCAACGAUUAUGAUUCCGACCAGGAGAAGUGUGAUCUGCCGUUUAACAUUGACUGCAGCAAGCGUCCCAAAUUCCAAACGCCGAUACCGUCUCUGCACUGUCCCCGCCAGAACGGUUACUUUGCCAGCGAAACGGGAGCGUGCGAUAAGUUCUACUACUGCGUCGACGGUAUGUUUAACAUGAUCACCUGCCCGGAAGGGUUAGUGUUCAAUCCACGCACCGGCAUCUGUACGUGGCCGGACGAGGCACAGAAGAAGGGCUGCUCCUCCGAGGAUGUGUUCAAGUUUUCCUGCCCGAAGGUGAACGAAACCGAGGCAGCCACCCAUCCGCGGUAUGCCGAUCCGGAUGACUGUCAGUUCUUCUACGUGUGCAUCAACGGUGAAACACCGCGCCGUAACGGUUGCAAGCUGGGACAAGCGUUCGACGAUGUGGCCAAACACUGCGAGUGGGCCCGCAAGGUGCCGGAUUGUGCCGAUUGGUAUAAAGAUCGGCUUACCGACAAGCAGCUGGAAGAGCUGGAAAAUCCUCCAACACCGAAACCGAAACCAGCCAACAGCCCGUCCAAGGUUUCCCGCCGACGCCCAUCAAAACGGCCGAAGCAACCCGUCGAUGAUGUGGAGUAA